GUGUACACCGUGCAUGGAAUGUACAAAGACGCGGUCAUUCCUUUGGUGUACGCUCUCCUGCCAAACAAGACCGAAGAGACCUAUCAAAGGCUUUUUACAGUACUUUCAAGUCUUCUGACACAGCCUGCGGUGGAACUGGUGUAUUGUGACUUUGAGUCCGCCGCUAUCAUCGCCACUGGCAACAUUUUCCCGCAAGCGCGUGUUCAAGGCUGUUUCUUCCACCUAUGCCAGGCCGUGUAUCGCAAACUGUGCAAGCUUGGCUUCCAGACAUGCUACGGAACAGACGAAGAUUUCGCGGUUUUGGUGAGGACGCUGCCUGCCUUGGCAUUUCUGCCACCUGCAGAGGUUCCAGAUGCCUUCGAGGACCUCGUGGCAUUGUUUUCAACGGACGCGAUGCCUAUUGCACUCUACUUCGAAGACACGUACAUCGGACGUCGUCGACGGAACGGAUUGUUGUCUGCUAUGUUCCCGACAAGUGUCUGGUCUGUCCACGCAUCUGUUCUGGAGGGCCUUCCGCGCACAAACAACGCCGCCGAAGCUUGGCACCGCAGCUUCCAGGUUUCCGCUCACCACCGACUCUUUCCAAACAUCAACUGCAGCAGGCCUAACCUAUGGUCAUUCCUUGGAUGCCUGCAGAGAGAGCAGUCUUUGCAAGAAAUGAAGAUCGCGCAGCUGGACGCUAGUCAACCUCCCUCCGGCAUGGCCGCGAAGUACCGGGUACUCAAUGAGCGCAUUUCACGAAUCUUGUACGAUCACGACGCAGCUCGGCCGCUCUCGACACUGAGAUGCAUCGCACGCAAUGUACGGCUGUAA